AAUAAUUAAAUAAAAAAUUCUCAAUUCCACCAUGGAUUAACAAAAUUCGAGCUCCCCAAAAGGAAACAUCAACAAAGCCAUGGCUGAAACUACUUCUUCAACAUCAUCCCCCAAGCAUCUCCAGUCGCCAAAUCCCUUGUUGAUGGACCCUUCAUCAUCGGUUCCGACACCGCCACCGCCAUCGGCGGCGGCGUCAAAUAUUAACCCGACGCAGACGGCGACGCCGCUAACAGCCCCAUCUCCGACAACGACACCAACAACAAAUCCCUCAAUUGAUCCCUCACUGCAAAAUUUGCAGCAGCAGCAGCAAAUCUCGCAAAUUUCGUCUCCGCCUCUUUCAAAUCUCGCCCAACAACAACAACAACAGCAAAUCUUGCAACAACAAACGCAACAAGGUGUUGGGGGUUUAUCAAAUUUUCAAAUGCAGCAAAGCCUUCAAAGAUCACCGUCUAUUUCACGCAUUAAUCAACUCCAACAACAACAACAACAACAACAAAGCCAGCAGCAACAACAGCAACAGUCUCAAUAUGGCAACGUUUUAAGACAACAAGCUGGGUUGUAUGGGCAAAUGAAUUUUGGUGGGUCAGCUUCAAUUCAAGCAAACCAACAACAAAAUCAACAGAUGGGCAAUCCUAAUUUAUCAAGGUCAGCUUUGAUUGGGCAAAGUGGUCAUUUGCCUAUGCUCGGUGGUGCAGCUGCCGCCGCCGCUGCUCAGUAUAAUUAUCAGUCUCAGCUUUUAGCUUCGCCGAGGCAGAAAGCUGGGUUGGUACAAGGGUCUCAGUUUCAUGCAGGAAAUCCAACCGGGCAAUCUUUGCAUGGGAUGCAGGCAAUGGGGAUGAUGAAUUUGAGCUCACAUUUAAGGGCUAAUGGAGCUCUUUAUGCUCAACAGCAGAUGAAUCAGGGACAGAUGAGGCAGCAGUUAUCGCAACAAACUCAACUCACAUCUCCUCAGGUUCAAAGCUUACAAAGAACAUCAUCUCAGGCAUUUAUAAACCCCCAGUUAUCAGGGCUGGCUCAGAAUGGACAACCGGGUAUGAUGCAGAACUCUCUCUUGCAGCAACAGUUGUUGAAGCAAAUACCGUCAAUAUCUGGUCCAGGGUCAACUCCCUUCCGCCUUCAGAGGCAGUCACAAGUUCUCUUGCAACAGCAACUGCCUUUUUCUUCUCCUCAGUUGCAAAAUUCUAUGGGCUUGAAUCCUCAACAAUUGUCUCAGCUCGUACAACAACAAUCACAAAUGGGACAUCCUCAAAUGCAGCAGCCACAGCAACAACUACAGCAGCAGCUGCAACAACAACCUCAACAGCAAUUACAACCACAACAAUCACCAUUGCAUCAGCAACAACAGCAAUCUCCGAGGAUGCCCGGACCUGCAGGCCAGAAAACUCUCAGUUUAACUGGAUCACAGCCCAAUGCAACUGCAUCUGGUACAACCACACCUGGGGGAAGUUCAAGCCAAGGAACUGAAGCGACCAAUCAACUUCUCGGAAAAAGAAAGAUACAAGAUCUAGUUUCACAGGUUGAUUCGCAAGGAAAGCUGGAACCAGAAGUUGAAGAUCUACUUCUGGAGAUUGCUGAUGAUUUCAUAGACUCUGUGACUACAUUUGCAUGCAGUUUGGCAAAGCAUCGGAAAUCUUCAACAUUAGAGUCCAAGGAUAUCUUGCUACAUUUAGAGAAAAACUGGCGUUUGACUAUUCCAGGAUUUUCUAGCGAAGAGCGGAACCAAACAAGACCGUUAUCGAGUGACCUCCACAAGAAGCGUCUUGAGAUGAUACGGGCACUGAUGGAAUCGUCACAUCCCGAAAUAAAUGCAAAUAAUCCUAAAGAAAUGAUAAGACAAGGACUCGGCAACCCAGUUGGUGCAAACAAUUUAAUGAGACCUUCACCGAGUUCCGAGCAGUUGGUUUCACAAGCAGCUGGUUCACAAAUGCUGCAGCAAAUAACACGGUAUUGAUGGAAAGAAGUUGCCAUUCAUAAUUUGCACCCGGAUUCCUUGUUUAUGGCUACAUUGUAGGUUUUAUAUAGUAACUGAAGUUUAAGCUCUAAUGGAUUGACAAAAAGCUGUAAUUACCUGGUAAGUAUCAUAAGACAUUGAACUAUUGAAAAAUGAUUUUACACCAUUUUAGACCUUUUAAUUUAUCAUUUUCCUAUUCAUGAUUUAUAUUGUAAGUGUAUUUUAUGAAUGGAGUCUAUAAAAGCGAGUCUGUUCCCCGGUUUAA